CGUUUUACACCCAUCUCUCUCGUGACUCGGCCUUUUCUCUUUGCUCUCUCCCCGUCGGUUUCCAGCUUCUGCCCCAACUCAUUUCCUCGCGCCUCCCUCUCUGCGUAUAUUCGGAAUCGGUAAGGGAUUGCGGUUACUUUGCGGUUUACGAAACUGGGACUCUGAGAGUGGCAGUUCUUCAGCCGGAAAAGGUUGAGGGCCGAAUGGUGGCCAAAGGCGGCGGAAUGAGCGGCGCGGCGAUGGAAGGAGGUGGCGCUGCUGGUGCCGACGGCGGUGGAGGAGGAGGAAUGGAGACGAAGAAGAUAAAGAUUGGAGUCUGCGUGAUGGAAAAGAAGGUGAAAUGCGGAUUCGAGGUGUCUUCUGCUCCAAUGAAACAGAUUCUGGACAGGUUACAAGCGUUUGGCGAAUUUGAGGUUAUACAUUUUGGAGAUAAGGCUAUUCUUGAAGAUCCAAUCGAGAGGUGGCCUAUAUGUGACUGUUUAAUUGCCUUCUACUCCAGUGGUUAUCCCCUUGAAAAGGCAGAGGCAUAUGCUGCCUUAAGAAAGCCUUUCGUAAUAAAUGAAUUGGAGCCGCAACACUUACUUCAUGACCGAAGGAAAGUAUAUGAGCGUCUGGAAAGGUUUGGAAUCCCUGUUCCCAGAUAUGCCUUUGUGAAUAGAGGAUUUCCAUACCAAGAGCUUGAAUACUUUGUUGAGGAAGAAGAUUUUGUUGAGGUUCAUGGUCAACGCUUCUGGAAGCCUUUUGUAGAAAAGCCAGUUCAUGGGGAUGACCAUAGUAUCAUGAUAUAUUAUCCCAGUUCUGCUGGUGGAGGCAUGAAGGAACUUUUCAGGAAGGUCGGAAACCGCUCCAGUGAGUUCCACCCAGACGUAAGAAGAGUAAGGCGUGAAGGAUCAUACAUAUACGAAGAGUUUAUGCCAACUGGUGGAACAGAUGUCAAGGUAUAUACUGUUGGUCCUGAGUAUGCACAUGCUGAAGCGAGGAAGUCUCCAGUAGUUGAUGGUGUUGUAAUGAGAAAUCAUGAUGGCAAGGAGGUGAGAUAUCCGGUAUUGUUGACACCUAACGAGAAGCAAAUGUCACGAGAAGUUUGCCUUGCAUUUAGGCAAGGGGUAUGUGGAUUUGAUCUUCUGCGUUGUGAAGGACGUUCAUAUGUUUGUGAUGUGAAUGGGUGGAGUUUUGUGAAAAAUUCUUACAAAUACUAUGAUGAUGCCGCAUGUGUCUUGAGGAAGAUGUUCCUAGAUGCUAAAGCCCCUCACUUAUCAACUACAAUUCCACCUACAUUACCAUGGAAAGUCAAUGAACCAGCUCAACCUACUGAAGGACUAACUCGGCAAGGAAGUGGAAUUAUUGGCUCAUUUGGGCAGUCUGAGGAGCUUCGCUGCGUCAUUGCCAUUGUCCGGCAUGGUGAUAGAACUCCGAAGCAGAAGGUGAAGUUGAAGGUCACUGAGGAAAAGCUAUUGAACUUGAUGUUAAAGUACAAUGGAGGGAGAGCCAGGGUUGAGGUGAUAUCAUUCAGUAUUACUUUCUUGUUUUGUUUCUUGUCCUCUAUUUUCAUUGGUUACUAAUCUUUUGUCUUUUAUGUGCUUUUUCAUGGUUAUUUGUUGAAAUUUCAUUUUCUUGUUUGAAGACGAAAUUGAAAAGUGCUAUUCAGUUGCAAGACUUGUUGGAUGCCACACGAAUGCUUGUUCCUCGUAGUAGACAAGACCGAGAAAGUGACAGUGAGGCAGAAGACGUUGAGCAUGCUGAAAAACUACGUCAAGUUAAAGCCGUGCUUGAGGAGGGAGGUCAUUUCUCCGGGAUUUACAGGAAAGUCCAACUGAAGCCUUUAAAAUGGAUCAAAGUUCCAAAAAGUAAUGGUGAAGGAGAGGAGGAACGGCCUGUUGAGGCUUUGAUGGUUCUCAAGUAUGGGGGUGUGCUUACCCAUGCUGGCAGAAAGCAGGCAGAAGAAUUGGGUAGAUAUUUCAGAAACAAUAUGUAUCCAGGGGAAGGUACAGGCCUCCUCCGCCUUCACAGUACAUAUCGUCAUGAUCUUAAAAUUUACAGCUCAGAUGAAGGCCGUGUACAGAUGUCUGCUGCCGCGUUUGCAAAAGGGCUUCUUGAUUUGGAAGGCCAGUUAACUCCAAUCCUGGUUUCCCUUGUUAGCAAGGAUUCCUCCAUGUUGGAUGGACUUGAUGAUGCUAGCAUCGAGAUGGAAGAAGCGAAGGCUAGGCUGAAUGAAAUAAUAACUUCAGGUGCUAUGCCGGCUACUAGCAAUAGCUCAUCUGAAUGCCCGUGGAUGACAGACGGGGCUGGACUUCCUUCAAAUGCAUCUGAAGUUCUCCCAAAGAUGGAUAAGUUUGCAAAGCAUCUCACGGUAUUUUCCUCUUGCUUUCUUUCUUGGAAGGCAAAGUUGACUAAGAAGGUGACUGAGCAAGUAAGGUUAUUAGCCAAAGAUGAAGAUGAAGAUCUUACUGAGGCAAGUGCCUAUCAUGUAGUUCUCCCAUAUGACCAAGCGAAGGCCCUUGGUAAAACGAACAUUGAUGUUGAUCGAAUUGCUGCUGGGUUACCCUGCGGCAGUGAAGGAUUCUUGUUGAUGUAUGCUCGCUGGAGGAAACUUGAAAAGGACUUGUAUAACGAACGUAAAGAGCGUUUCGAUAUUACUCAAAUUCCUGAUGUUUAUGACUCGUGCAAAUAUGAUCUCUUGCACAAUGCUCAUCUUAAUCUAGAAGGACUCGACGAACUCUUCAAAGUUGCUCAGUUGCUUGCAGAUGGUGUGAUCCCAAAUGAGUAUGGGAUCAAUCCAAAGCAGAAACUGAAGAUUGGUUCCAAGAUUGCACGUCGGUUACUGGGUAAGAUCCUGAUUGACGUGAGGAAUACACGGGAGGAAGCCAUCAGUGUGGCUGAAUUAAAGAGUGCUCAAGAGCAGGAGUCGUCAAGUUCUAGCAAGACUGAGAAGGAGAAUUCUGAUAAUCAACCAAAGCUUUAUAUCAAAAGUGAGGACACAAGACGAACUAGCACUGCCAGUGAAAUUUCAAUGGAGCAGGAAGAUGACGAUGACAAGGAGACACAAUACCGAUUGGAUCCGAAGUACGCUAAUGUGAAAACACCGGAUCGCCAUCUUCGGACGCGCCUGUACUUCACUUCAGAGUCACACAUUCAUUCGCUUAUGAAUGUUCUCCGGUACUGUAACCUUGAUGAUUCUCUUCAAGACGAAGAUAGUCUGGUCUGCGACAGUGCCUUGGAGAGAUUGCACAAUACCAAGGAGCUUGACUACAUGAGCUAUAUCGUGUUGAGGAUGUUUGAGAACACUGAGGUUGCCUUGGAAGACCCGAAAAGGUUCCGAAUAGAAAUGACAUUCAGCCGUGGUGCAGAUUUGUCCCCAUUGGAGGGAAACGACGUGGAGGCAACAUCUUUACAUCGAGAGCACACACUGCCGAUAAUGGGUCCAGAACGGCUACAAGAGGUGGGAUCAUACCUUACCUUAGAGAAGAUGGAGAAGAUGAUUCGGCCGUUUGCAAUGCCCCCAGAAGAUUUCCCUCCGCCGGCCAUUCCAGCAGGUUUCACAGGCUACUUCUCCAAAAGUGCCGCCGUGCUGGAGCGCCUCGUUAAUCUCUGGCGGUUCAACAAGCAAGAAAAGCACAACGCUGGUACCAACGGCAAGUAACUAUUGAGUUUGUUUACUGUUGUUACUUCUUCUUAUGUGGUUCUCUUUUCGAAUUUUGUCAAUGAAAGACAUAUUCCCUUCUCCAAGACUAUAAAUAAAUCAAGUUUCAGCUUUCAACCGGGUAGAAAAGGUAUGAAAAAACCCCAUACCUCACUUUGUAUUCCGCCAAUAAAGAAAUUUACCUUUGUAAGAUAAAUAUCAAUAGGUAGGAAGACAGUAAAAUAUACAAUUACAGAGUCAGUAGCCCUCAGUAACUUAGUCUAUGAAGAAAAUCUAUUCAACAAAUCCACAACCUCAGCCAUGGUUGGCCUAUCUGCAUUUGUUUCAUUGCAACAUUUGCAAGCAAUGCUGAAAUACUCCUUCACUUUCUCUUCACUCAGCAACCCUUUCUCUUUCUCGGGCAUGCUCCCGUCCAACAUCUCCUCGUAACGAUUGUGGGCCAUCAUCCUCCGAGCCCACUCAAUCAAGCCCAUCUCCUUGCGGUCGAACACCAUCGGCAAGUUGGGCCUCUCCCCCGUGGCAAUCUCAAACAUGAGUAUCCCGAAACUGUAGACAUCUGCCUUCACCGUCGCCGCCAUCACUCCGUCCUUGUACUCCGGCGGCAUGUACCCCAUCGUUCCGGCGACCUGCGUGGACACGUGGGAAUGCGACGCGUCCACCGUCCGCGCGAGCCCGAAAUCGGCGAUAUGGGCCUCGAAGUCCGAGUCCAGCAGCACAUUGCUGGCCUUGAUGUCCCUAUGGAUAAUGGCGGUGUCGAGCCCAUGUAAAUACAUAAGCCCAUUCGCCACGCCGCGAACGACCUUGUUCCUCGUCUCCCAAGAUAACGGCAUCAGCUUGACCGACACCACGGAGUCGUCGGACCGUUCCUUGCUGACGGGGGAGUACGUGUCGUGCAGCCAUUGGUCCAGGCUGCCCCGCUCCAGGAACUCGUAAAUCAGGACCCGAUCCGACCCGGAGGCGCAGUAGCCGAGCAUCUUGACGAUGUUCCGGUGGCGGAGCUUCCCGAGAGUCUCCAUCUCCGCCCGGAACUCGCGAAACCCUUGGAAGGCGUCCGGAUCGAGCUUCUUGAUCGCGACGGUGACUCCGUCGGAGAGGCUGGCUUUGUACACAUAGCCGAAGCUGCCGUCGCCGAUGAUGAGAUCGGAGGAGAAGUUCUUGGUGGCGAGCUUCAGCUCCUCCAUGGAGACCCGGUUCAGACUCGGGUCGAAGGAGGCGCUCUCGUCGAUUGUGACGGAGGAGAGUUCGCCGCCGCGGCCGGCCGUGGCCGGCGGUACGGAACGGAUGGCUCGGGUUUGCGGGAUGUGGUGGUGGUGGGUGCGACGGCGGCGUUUCAGGGAUUUGCAGAGGAAGUAAAAGAAUCCGAAGAUUAGGGUUAUCAAGAAGAAACUGACGACGGCGGCGACGAUUGAGAGGAAGAUGGAGUUCAUUGUGGUGGUGGCGGGGAGAGAGAAAAGUGAGGGGGAGGAAGAAUUGAUGGAAGGUGGUGGAGACGGGGAUUGGUAAUUGGGGCCGCAACGCCAUUAUUGGAGGGGAAAGGGAAAGGAAGUAGGGGGAGGAAUUUUCAAGGAAGAAGAUGAAGUCGUUGAUGAAGUCAUGAAGCUGGCGGCGAGUCAACGGUUGCGAGAGGGUUGACUGGGAAAAGGGCGGGAUCUUCUAGGAGUGAAGAGCACGGUGGGGUUGAUAAAUCUUGCCAAUCUGGGGACUCCGAUGCUUGACACUUGGAAUGUGUACAUGCUGGACAAUCUUAGCCGUCCAGAAGUUGCAUUCAGACACUUGGAGACUAUACAGGGGAAGAUUCUUGCUAAGGUGAUUUUCAUUUUCUAAUAGAGAGAUGGCAAAGAAGUGGAAGGUUGUUCGUCGGGCAAGCCAAAGAGGUGUCUUUUCAACCAGCGACUGUAGAUGAUGUUAUUUAAUUAGGUAAGC